AAAUAUGUCACAGACGUCUAAUCCGGAAAGUCUGGAGGGUCUCGCCGUUCCAAGUGAAUACUUUCCAAUACAACGAAGUGCUAGUCCCACACCACUACUCAGCCUAAAUCGCUUUCCACAAAAACAAGAGAAUAAACCAAGUCAUACAAUAACACACGGAGAAAAUUCCGUACUUUCUUUAGCUUGUUCUGACAGAUAUAUAUUUACCGGUUCUCAAGGUCCUCAUAUUCAGAUAUGGAAUUUGAUCACUUUUCAGCAAGAAGCUGUAUUAAAGGGACAUUUAGGAGGUGUUUUAUGUUUGACUCUUUCAAAUGAUCAAAAAAUGUUAUUUAGCUCAUCUGGCGACUGUACUGUUCGAGUGUGGGAUGUAGAUACAUUAAAAUGUCUCUAUGUUAUUCAAGUGUGCGAUGUUGGAGAUUUAUUUUCGGUAGUUUAUUGUGACGAAUUAGAUACAGUGUAUAUUGGUUGUCAGAACACAAGUAUUCUACGAUUCGAUUUAUCGACUAAAGAAAAUCAUCAAACACAUAACUUUCCGUAUUCAUGCAACUAUUCUAAAUUCUUUGAUAAUAUCCCACCAACUACUAAUGCGUGUGAAAUAAUCAGUUCGGUCGAAGAAGAGGAAAUUGAUGCAAAAAUUUGUGCAGAACAAGAAAAUGUUUGUAGAUAUGAAGUUCACGAUUGUAUGAUUUAUAUGAAUAGUCAUGAUGGGUAUGUAUAUUCUUUAUUAUUGGGAGAAAAUAAAGAUGGAAGGAUUCUUUUAAGUGGAUCAGGGGAUGGUGACGUUAAGGUGUGGUCAAUCACAAAGAAUUCUAUGGAGCUUUUAAAAGUUCUUAAAGGAACAGAUGCUGGUAUCCUAACUCUUGCUAUACAAGAUGAGUUAUUAUUUUGUGGCGCACAAGGUGGUGAUAUUAAGAUUUAUGAUUUGGAAACUUAUCAUCAUAUCAGAUCUCUUAUGGCUCACGAUGAUGAUGUGUUAGCUUUAGCUGCAGGAGAUAACUGUUUAUUUUCUGGUUCAGCUGAUGGAACUAUCAAAAGAUGGAAUAAGACAUUUGAAAUAUUAAAUACUUAUAAGGAUCAUACUGGAAUUAUAUUGUCUUUAACUUUAUCACCAAAUAAAUCAUUGUUGAUUAGUGGUGCUAAUGAUCAAUUAAUCAAAUUUUGGGAUAUAAAUUUAACAGAUGAUAAUUGCCAAGAAGCAAUAAUUCCAGAAACCUCAGAUAUUAUGUUGUAUGCUCUUAAAAAGUGGAUUUUAUUACGUACAGUUAGCGGAAAACCAAAAUAUUUAGAAGAAUGUUUUAGAGGUGCAAAAUUUUUAAAGAAUGUAUUUAUACAAUUAGGAGCUGAAUCAGAAUUAAUUCCGAUAGCAACAGGUCAAAAUCCAUUAGUUUUUGGUAAAUUUAAUGGAAUUAGUGACUUUAAGCAACAACAUAAACAGUUAAAUAUUUUGGUUUAUGGACAUUAUGAUGUUAUUGAUGCUGAUAAAACAAAAUGGUUUACAAAUCCAUUUGAAAUGACUGCAAAGGAUGGAUAUUUAUAUGGCCGAGGCGUUACUGAUAAUAAAGGACCUAUGAUUGCGGCUAUAUGUGCAGUUAGUGAAUUACAACAAGAAAAGAAACUCAAAGCCAACGUAUCAUUUUUGAUUGAAGGGGAGGAAGAAAAUGGUAGUAUAGGAUUUGAUAAAACUGUGGAAAAAUUCAAGAAUUUGAUUGGUGAAGUAGACGUUAUUUUACUAAGUAAUUCUUAUUGGUUAGAUGAUGUGACUCCAUGCUUAACUUAUGGGCUCCGUGGUGUGAUUCUUGCAACAAUUGAGAUUUCUAGCGAAGAAUCAGAUUUACAUUCUGGUAUGCAAGGAGGAGCAGUAUCGCAACCUUUAAAUGAUAUGAUUCAAGUUCUUGCGAAACUCGUAUCAGAAGAUAAUUAUGUUUUAAUUCCAGGAUUUUAUAAUAACGUGAGACCUAUUACAUCUUAUGAAGAACAGUUAUAUGAACGUAUUUUAGAAUUAAAUCCUAGUAAAUCAAGCGAAACAAAAGAAAAAUUAAUGUCAAAAUGGAGAUACCCGUCAUUUACUAUACAUAAAAUUGAUGUUAGUGGGCCAAAAAAUGUUACAAUUAUACCACGUAAAGCUGAAGCUAGUGUUAGUAUGCGUAUUGUACCAGAUCAAGAUAUUGAUGAUAUUGUGAAAAGUUUUAAAGAAUUUGUUAAAGAAAUCUUUAGUGAAUUAAGAACUAAAAAUAAUUUACGCAUUGAAAUCAAUAAUAAGGCAGAUUGGUGGUUAGGAGAUCCUAAAAAUCAAUAUUUUAAAGCAGCAGAACAAGUGAUUAAACAGGAAUGGGGUGUUAAACCAUUGUAUAUAAGAGAAGGCGGUUCGAUACCAGCUAUAAAAUUAUUAGAAAGAAAUUUUAAUGCUGUAGCAAUACAUUUACCUAUGGGACAAUCUACUGAUCAAGCCCAUUUAAAUAAUGAAAGGAUACGUUUAAAAAAUUUACAAGCCGGUAAAAGAAUCUUUAAAAAUUUAAUUAGUAAGUUAAGUGAAAUUAAAAAAGAAAAAUGAAUUUUUUAUCACGU